AUGGUGAACUUUCAUGAUGCCCUCCGGUCCUGUGUAUGGAGAGUAUGGCUUCAUACUAGACCGGACUAUAAACGCCGCCAUCAGCCCAUACUUGGCCCAAACCAACACCGCCACCUGCUUCUUAAAAAAACAGCAACAACAGCAGCCCUCGCCGCAGCAUCCAGCCAUCAUCACAUUGAAGAUGGACUUAAGAAUCUCAGAUUAGACGUGACGUGUAAAGCGAAAAGUGUUACAUCUUUACCAGAACAAAUCUGUUAUACCUGCAUAUCCUCCGAAAGGAGAGAUAAUGCAUGUACAGCUUCCUGCCAUGACAAAAGCAGACCAGGAACGGAUUUGACUACUACAACACAAGUUUCACACUCUACGUGGCCACAACAGAGGAGCAAGGUCUUUACAAUCUCUACUUCCAUAAUUGUCCUAAUACCAGCGUGGGCCCUGCACCAACGAUUAACAUGGUGGUUCACAUAUACGAGAGCAACAAUGGAAAUUUUCUAUCAGCUGGCGAGAUGCCUCUCCCAGUGCUAUACACCAUAA